AUGAACCCCAACAAUCAGCAGCAGUCCAAUCGACUGCAACUGAACUUUGGAUUCCAAGGAGCCCAGAACUUCGGCGGCGCUGAGCAAGGCCGCGCCUAUCCCACCACCCCCUCGACCUUCCCACAGCCAUUCCCCAACACACAGGGACAACAAGAAGUUUGGGGCACAACACAGCCCGGUUUGAAUCCCGGCUUCACAAACCAAGGCUACUUUGCAAACAAUCCCUACACCUCUGCUACCCAGCAACAACAAGCCAAUCUGCACGCCCAGCAAGCCUAUCGACCUCAGCCCCAGCAAGCUCCGCAGCAGCAACAACACCAAGCACAGCAACAACAACAGCAGCAGCAGCAGCAGCAGCAGCAGCAGCAACAACAACAACAACAAAAUCAACAACAGCAAUACCACGAUGCCGCUACAAACGGUCUGGUUCACCAAUUCUCCAACCAGAACCUAGGCGGCACACCUCGAGCACAGAGUCCCUACGGACGUCAAGUCUCACCAAAUCCUAACCGCCCGCGCACAGCCAACUCAACCCAUCAACAACAACAGCAGCAGCAGCACUAUUCUGGCCCAUCUCUAUACGACGAUGAACCGCCAGCAAAGAACCCCGAGCGCUUCUCCACCAGCAUUGGCAACCGAGCGAAGCUGCAGACCGAAUUGGUCAGCACCUUCUUCCGUGACAGUGUAGAGCGAGCCCGCGACCGCAAUUCCCGUGCUCAGGAUCUCGAGAUUAUCAUGAAAGACAUGUCGGUGUCAGAUUCCCGCAAACAGCAAAAGACUACUAGCAUGCGUCGCUCUGAAGCAAACUUCCUUCGCUUCCUCCGUACCAGCGAACGUCCCCAGAACUACUCCACACUCAAGAUCAUCGGCAAGGGAGCCUUUGGUGAGGUCAAGCUGGUACAGCGCAAGCAUGACGGCAAGAUUUAUGCCCUCAAGUCACUUGUCAAGGCCGAAAUGUUCAAGAAGGAUCAGCUCGCCCACGUCCGUGCCGAGCGUGACAUCCUCGCCAAUGCCGACAGUCCAUGGCUCGUCAAGUUGCACACGUCGUUCCAAGACUCGACUUUCCUCUACAUGCUCAUGGAGUUCUUGCCAGGUGGUGAUCUCAUGACCAUGCUGAUCAAGUACGAGAUCUUUUCCGAAGACAUAACACGUUUCUACAUGGCCGAAAUUACUCUGGCUCUGGAAGCUGUGCACAAGCUUGGGUUUAUUCAUCGUGAUAUCAAACCCGACAACAUCCUGCUCGACCGAGGCGGCCACAUCAAGCUUACUGAUUUCGGUCUCUCGACCGGCUUCCACAAGGAACAUAACGCUUCGUAUUACCAGCAACUCAUGUCGAACGCCCGUUCGCGCGCAACUGCCGCGAACCGACAGUCGGUCUCUCUCGACCAGAUUCAGUUGACUGUCAGCAAUCGUCAUCAAGUCAACACCUGGCGCAAGUCUCGUCGCCAACUCGCCUACUCGACUGUUGGAACACCUGAUUACAUCGCUCCAGAGAUCUUCAGCGGUAAAGGCUACGACUACCGCUGCGAUUGGUGGAGUGUUGGUACCAUCAUGUUCGAGUGCUUGAUCGGCUGGCCUCCAUUCUGUGCAGAGGAGCCUCACGACACAUACCGUAAGAUUGUCGAUUGGCCCAGAAACUUGCAUUUCCCUCCUGAUCAACAGAUCGGCCCUGAGGCAGAACACUUCAUCCGCAGCUUGAUCUGUGAUGCCGACAACCGUCUUGGUCGCCUGGGAGGUGGCACUGAAAUCAAGCAGCAUCCAUUCUUCCGUGGCGUUGUGUGGGACCAGCUUCGUCGUAUCCGUGCUCCCUUCGAGCCCAAGCUCUUAUCCGCAGUCGACACACAGAACUUCCCCAUCGACGAGAUUCCACAAACGGACAACAGUGCUGCCCUACGCGCUCAGAACGAGGCCAUGGGAGGUGAAGAAGCCAGCAUGAGCUUGCCAUUCAUUGGCUACACUUACAAGCGUUUCGAUGCCUUCCGUGGAAGCUGA